AUGGAGGCUAUCCGAAGUAUCCCUCUUGGAAAAUUCCCGACCCCUGAUCUUCUGAUAUGGAGACACUCCAAGCAUGGUGAAUAUUGUGUUAAAUAUGGAUACUGGUUGGCAUUUUCAAUAAAGAAUCCUGUGUUGGAGGUGAGUAGUAGCUACAAUUCUGAUGCUAAAUGGGCUCAGAAUUUUCGGAAUUCACCUAUUUAUCAUAAGCUGAAAAUGAAUGAGUUUGAGAAACUGUGUAUGACGGCAUAUCAAAUUUGGAGUGAUCGGAAUGCCUUGUAUUACGGUAGAAGUAUCCCUCCAGUGCAACGUCAAUGUGAAAAAUUGGAAGAAUAUUUGGCAGACUUUCAGGCCACACAACUAUUUCUUAAGGUGCCGAGUCGAGAAAUUGCAAUCCAGCCUGGAGUUUCUCGUAGAAGGUUUUGGAAAACUCCACCGACGGAUGAACUUAUUCUCAAUACAGAUGCAGCAGUGAACAACGAAGAAGGGGUGAUAUCCAUUGGGGCUGUAAUCCGUAAUCAUUGUGGGGAGAAAUGGAUUCCCUGCUCUCGGUCCAAAUCAUCAACUUUCAUUUUCCAUUCUCAUGCGCUGAAUGUAGCUGAGGACUGCAGACUUCUCAUGACACGAAUGGGAAAUUGUCUUAUUCAACACGCUCCAAGACGGACCAAUCAGGUGGCUCAUGAAUUAGCGCUACUGGCGAAAAUUUCUAGGCAUGAAUUUAUGUGUUGUGAAGAGAUACCAGAGUCCAUUGUUAAUCUGGUGAACUAUGAUGUUUCUCAUAUGAAUGAUUAA